AACAAGUGAAUGCUUGAGGUGGUCGCACGUUCGUGAAUCUACGUGAGUUCUUUCAUCUCAUAUCCUGAGUGUAAUGUGUGUUGUUUCCGGGGUACGUGCUAAAGAAUCAUGGGGAAAGGGUUUUCGCACAUUCCUUCAAAUGCUUCAAAGGAUGGACCAAGUGAUCCUUGUUCACCCUGUGAUGACACAAAUGGACUGAUCCCAUCAGAUGGCACUGAUAAGAACAGAGGUGGAGAGGCUUCUCAUUUCCCAUAUGUAGAAUUUACUGGAAGCGACAGUGUCACUUGUGCCACCUGCCAAGGAACUGGUCGAAUACCAAGAGGUAGAGAAAACCAGCUUGUGGCACUGAUACCGUACAGUGAUCAAAGACUACGGCCAAGACGAACAAAACUUUAUGUCACCGUUUCUGUCAUAGUUUGCUUGCUCCUUUCUUGCCUGGCUGUAUUUUUCCUCUUUCCACGAUCUGUUGAUGUGCAUUCAGUUGGAGUAAAAUCCGUUCUUGUGAGUUAUGAUGAAGAAAAUCAUUUGGUCUAUUUAAACAUCACCAACACCAUAAAUAUAACAAACAACAACUUUUAUUCUAUCGAAGUAGAAAACGUUACUGGACAAGUUCAAUUCUCUAAAACCGUCAUUGGGAAGGCAAAAUUGAACACGGUUAUCAAUAUUGGACCGCUUGACAAUAAACAGAUUGACUACAUGGUGCCUACUACAAUUGGAAAUGAAUUUGACUACAUGUAUUCCUUUUGCACAUUUCCAUCUAUAAAGGUUCACAACAUAGUGGUGGUGAUGCAAGUCAUCGUCACCAUUUCCUACCUGGGACACCCUGAGCAGUUAUCCCAAGAAGUUUAUCAGUAUGUAGACUGUGGCGCAAAUGCAACUUAUCACCACGGCCAAUCAGACUUAACUAUUUUCAAACAACCAUAACUAAAGUAAUUUGAAACGUGGGGGGGGGGGAAGCUUUCCUGCUAACCACUAACUGUAUAAUUUGCCCUUUAACAGUUUUGCACUUACAAUAUUGAACAGAAAUUCAUCAGCCACUUCAACUUUAAAAAAAAAAAAAA